AUGGUUCGCGAGCACACUCCAGAGCGGCUAGUGUAUCAGUCGCUGCCACAUGGGAAUUUCAUUCGUUGUUUAGUCCUCGAGGCAGGCCAGUCUGCCGAACCUCUGAGGGGCCGGCUGGAAACAUGGAACCUGGACAACGUCCGUGGACCGGGAAACAUUUUGGGGCCUUAUUACGACGCAAUCUCCUACGUUUGGGGCACCAAUGCGAAGGACAAAGUCAUUCUCUGCAACGACAAGACUACGCACAUCACGCCGAAUCUUUUUGAAGCUUUGCAUCAAAUUCGUGAGCGUUUUGGUCAGAUAGUCCUUUGGGCCGACUCCCUAUGUAUCAACCAAGAUGACGAGGAAGAGAAGAGCCACCAGGUGGCUCUCAUGGGUCAAAUCUACGCCAGGGCAUCUAGGGUUCUGAUUCACCUGGCGGACGGGGACGACGGCCACGCGGGGAAAGCGGGAUCAGUGAUUCGGGAGCGAGAUGCGUAUGUUCGACAGAACCUCGGUUUGCUGGCUGGUAUCCGAAGUAUACGGUACGGUUUCCCACAGCUGAGCACCGAAGAGAGAAGAAACAUCAUCAAUGAUGAGAGAUGGAAAUCCUUCAAUCGAUUGCUAUCCCAGCCCUGGUUCAAUCGUGGCUGGGUCAUCCAGGAAGCAGCGCUCGGUCAGAGCACCGACAUUCUCUGGGGAGGAAAAACCAUCGCCUGGGACCAAUUGAUACGUUGUGCCGCAUGGGUUGCUUUUCGCUGCACAGAAGUUGAGGAAGAGUAUAUGGGCGCUCGUUCCAAUAUUCAUUGCCACAUUCAGCUACACUUGGAACGUUACGGGAAGGAAGCAGCAGCCUAUCGUUAUUCGACAGACCAGUUGGAUAUCGCUGCGAUUUUGAACCUUGCGCGAGAGACAGAUAUGACGAAUCCUAAAGAUAGGAUAUUCGCCUUCUUAUCCCUUGGGGUAUUCAGCCACCGUGGUGACGGGGUAAUUUACAAAGAAAGACCCAAGAUGCGAGUUACCUACCUCUCCCUACUGUACUUGGCCCCCUUACCAGUCAUACUAUCGUUCAUAGCCACCAACUGGUCUCGGAACUCUGCGCCGAAGGCAUGGUCGGUAGCCAUGGGUCUCAUGUCAUCAGCACUGGGCUUCCUGCGCAUCACGUACCCGGGGGGAAUGGUGCUAUUAUUCCGUCCAUUCUUGCUAGUCCUGCGCGCAUUUCGCGACGCAUUGUUCGCGACAACGUCGAAAACAUAUGCCGACCUAGGUCCAGGCCGACUUAUGAAGCCGGACUAUGAAAAAUCUAAGGAAGAGGUGUAUACCGCCUUUGCUCGUCAGCGCAUUCUCCACGGCGACAUCCGAAUCCUGCAUUUCGCUCAGGAAACUAGCUCCAAGGGGCGUGGUACUCAAAAUGCUCUCCCUUCCUGGGUUCCUCGUUGGGAUUUGAGAGGUGAUGAUAUUUAUCAGGUACCAAAUCCUUGGCAGGGAAGACCAUUGAGUCCCAGUCAAGGGUUCGACGGCAAUCUCACUAGAAAGUGUGAUGGAACAAAACUUACAUUGACCGGCGUUGUCUUUGAUUGUGUAAGAGCUGGGGCAAGCUUUUUGAAGCCUAAACCAGAGCUAUCAACUUUGGCGGAGCUGUUGACGACAGUGCACCGGAUGAAUGUGGGCAAUGCAUAUCCUCCCGAGCAGAGGCUAGCAGUCAUGAUCGACUGUCUGUGUGCAGCAAGCAUACCAUUCGACGGGGACUUCACUGCUUGGGCUGAUGAGAGGCAGGCUUUGGUCAAGUUGUUGCAAAGCUGCGACAACGUUUCCCUGCCCAGGGCAUGCGAAGAGAAGUUCCCCAUGUUGCACAAAGUAUUGAAACGUAACGAGGGUGGCUCACCAUUUUUCACCGAUCGUGGUUUCUUUGGUAUGGGGUACUGCCAAGUAGCGGAAGGCGACGUGUGCGCCAUCGUCUUUGGCUGUGGUUUGCAUUUCAUUCUGCGGCCCACAGUCAAUCCGCCAGCGGGAGAGCAGCCGCACUACAGUAUUGUUGGAAGCGCUUCAAUUGUUGACUCUCAAGAAGAUGUUGCUAUUUCUGGUCAGACACGCCCAUUGGCCCGACUCAUUGGGAGGGAGAAGGGCAGCAAAGAUUGGGUUAAAUGGGACCUUCGUGAACAAGAAAUACUCAUACUAUAG